AUGGGGAGAGAUAUGUCUAGUCCAAUCAGCAAUAGUGAGUCCGUUCGUAAAUCUCUUUCUCCACCUUUUGCAACUAGGGGUAGAUUGCUUCCUGAAAACUAUACUGGAUUGUGGAAUGCUGAUCAAGAGAAAACACCAAGGCUUUUGGAAAUCCGUGAAGCUGUUGCUCGAUCUAGAGCACAAAAUGCCCCAUAUAUUUUGAAUCUGGAGAACAAAAUUGAAUCCCUCCAAGCUGAAGCAACAAAUUAUCGUCUUGCAUUGGAGCUAUGGAAGCGGGAUUACCAAAAGAUAGUCAAUGAGAAAAAACUUCUUGAAAUCCGCCUGUAUUUUCAAAAACAGAAUACUGCGAUGUUUCAGACAAUUUCCGCGAGGUGGCGCGCAGCUGCUAUUGCCUAUGGUGUCCCAAGUAUGUGGCCUCAGCAAGACCUACUAGUGAACUCAGCUCAGGGAGCACCUUCUGGUAGCAGAAGCGAUAACUCAGGUGAUGUGAGUCUCCAAGAAGCCUCUUCAUCGUCCAAUCGACCAGCAAAAAGAGCUAAGCAUGUACCGGUACGUAGCCGAAACAAUCAAGGCUGAUGAUAUAUUACUGCUACCCACCAAAGAAGAUGACUUUUCUGAAUCCUAGGGUUUGGAAAUUGGUUUUUAUAUUUCUUUUAAAUUGGGUGUUAAAACCUUUUGUUUUCUGUUCAUGUAAUUUGCAGACAACUUUGUCUAAACUAUGCCGAAUUAAUAUU